AGUGCAGUGGAGGGAGAGACUAGGCAGGUGUUAAGCUCAUACUGUGUGAGAGAGUGAACGAGAGAGAGGGAACCAGGGAGUGAGAGAGAAAAACAGUGAGGGCAUGGUAAAAAGGCUAAAGCGCUAACUGAAUAGAUAGAAGGCUGGAGGCAGACGACACGUAGUGGUGGUAGAGAGAGAGAGAGAGAUUGUUGUAAGACUAAGAAUUUCAAGAGAAGCAGACACAGACUCCCAGAGAGAGAGAAAGAGACGUAAACACCAUGCUAAGGAGGAAGAGGAGUGUGUCCUUCGGAGGGUUUGGAUGGAUUGAUAAGAGUACGGUCAGUGCACUCAGAGCACGGAAGCAGGAGAGAGAGCUGCUGACCAUCUCUAAUGUUCCCCUGGCAGACUGCCCCCCCUCUCCUCCGCGCACCGCACCCCCCACCAUGAAGUCUGCCCAUUUCUUCGACAUGAUGGAGAAGAUGGAGCAGGUACCAGAGGUAGCAGAAAAAACAGUGGCUGGUCCUCAGAGACUGAAGGAUGACUACAUCCCAUACCCCAGGAUAGAGGAGGUGCUGGAGAGGGGUGGGCCGUACCCCCAGGUGAUCCUGCCAGAGUUUGGGGGAUACUGGAUUGAGGACCCUGACGCCCUCGUCCCCACACCCCCUUCUCGGUACCCCAGCCUGUGUGACAGGGGGGACGAUGGAGGGGGAGGAGAAGGGGAAGAGGGGGACGCUGCCCUAGUGGGUUAUGGGUACCGGCUGGAGAGUAACGACGCAGCACGCGCCUACAGGAAGCACUUCCUGGGCAAGGACCACUUGAAUUUUUACUGCACGGCCAGUUGUCAUGGCAACCUCAUUCUGUCUGUGAAACAUGAGGAAGUGAAGAGUCAGGAGUAUCUGCAUGUCAUCCUCAGGUCUAGGAUGAAAACAAUGUAUGAUAGGAUCUCUCUAGCAGAACUUCCUGAGCUGCCUAGUGUCCCUGAACUAGCCACGCUGCUGUGUGGGGAUGCUGUUGGUCUCAGAUUCAGUCCAGCUCUGUAUCCCAAGGCCUCCCAACUUAUAGUGAGCUAUGAUGAACAUGAGGUGAACACCACCUUCAAGUUUGGGGUCAUCUACCAGAGGUUUGGACAGGUUUCGGAGGAAGAGUUGUUUAGAAACAGUGAGGAGACACCAGCCUUCACUGAGUUCCUCAGUUUACUGGGAGAGACUGUAGACCUACAGGACUUUAAAGGGUUCCGUGGUGGUCUGGAUGUGUGUCAUGGUCAGACAGGCUCAAAGUCGGUCUACACAGACUACAGAGAACAGGAAAUCAUGUUCCAUAUCUCUACUAAGCUGCCCUACACAGAGGGAGACAGGCAACAGCUCCAGAGGAAGCGACACAUAGGAAAUGACAUCGUAGGAGUGGUGUUCCAGGAAGAGGCCACACCCUUCGUAGCAGACAUGAUCGCCUCAAACUUCCUCCACGCAUUCAUACUGGUGCAGGUGGACAACCCCUGUACCCAACAAACCACCUACAAGGUGUCAGUCACAGCCCGAGAGGGUGUACCUCCAUUUGGCCCGCCCCUCCCCAGUCCAGCAGUGUUUAAAAAGGGUCCAGAGUUCAGAGAGUAUCUUCUCACUAAGUUGAUCAAUGCAGAGAAUGCCUGCUACAAGAGUGACAGAUUCGCCAGGCUGGAGGAGCGAACGCGGGCGGCCCUGCUCGACGGUCUACAUGACGAGCUGCACAGACACACUCAGUGCAUGCUGGGAGUGGGAAUCGGCCCCGAGGAGGAGCGGGCGGAGAAUGGACAUGGCCACGGAGGACUGCUGGAGUCCAUCAAGAGGGCGAUGCGAGGAAGGAGUGUCUCCAUGGAGAUGAUGGCAAAGGGUGGAGGAGGUGGCCUGUCCACCAGUCUGAGUGGAGGGGUUCUGCUCCACAGCAGCUCUGAUGCAACUAAUGUUAAGUCUCCAGUGAAACGUCGCUCUGGUCUUUUCCCUCGUCUGCUCAGUAUAGACAGCCAGACAGAGAGACAUAACCACAAUCAUCGCAGUCUCCAUAGUGACCAGAGAAGCUUUGAUACUGGCCACCCCACGCAGGAAGUGAGGUCAGAGACCCUCUCUAACCCCAGCUCUCCAGAGGCCUCCCUUAAGGAAAGGCCCAGCAGUGUAAAGUUGAAUGAGUGCAGUGCAAGCAGGACAAACGUCUCACACUCCUCAUCUAGUACAAGUAGCUUCAGCAGUGCAGCAGGAGAGGGAGAGGCCACCGACACUGACCCUAACACCCUGGCACCCUCAGUGUUCCUUUCUGUUCACAGCCCCUCCCUCACUGUUGAAGGUCAGAAUUCAGGGACCCCUGUCAUCAUGUGUCGCAGCCCCACUGAGUUAAAGAAUAAGAGUUCUCCUAGAUCCAACUUGAAGUUCCGUUUUGAUAAAUUGAGUCACUCUGCGACAGGACACUAGGUGACAGAUGUGGGAUGAGAGAGAGAUAAAACAGUUCAAAUGGGAUGGAGGUAUGACGGGCAGUACAUUAGGGAUGGGUGGAGAGAAAUAACAAGAGAGAGAAGGCCCCUCCAACCUGAGGAAGAGGUUGAAAGAAGAGAAAUGGCUCAAGAUGGAUGAUUCGGUACACACACUACAGUGGAAGUUUUAGGCCCAGGCAAAGCUUUGCUCUGCCUAGUGGAUAAUGGUCCUUUCAUAUUCAGCUGUCUGUGUGGUUGUUUCCUGAACACUGAUCAAAGUUCUAUGAGUGGCUCUAACAUAAUAAUAAUAAUAACAUGGGUCCUUGUCAGCAACUGCACUGCAUUCAAUACCACACAGAACUGUAAGGCAUAGAUUCAAUUCAACAUCACUAAGGCCAGAAGUUUUUCCUGACCAUGUGGUCUAACCAGGAAAAACUCUGGCCAUAGGCAUCACCAAUCGAGGCAAUAUUGAUGUCCAGACCGCCAUUCUUGGAAAGGGAAAAGUAAUCAUGGCUUGUCAUACAAAUGUUUCAAUCUGAGGGUCCCUGGAAUUUCUACACUGAACAAAAAUAUAAAAGCAACAUGUAAAGUAUUGGUCCCAUGUUUCAUUAGCUGAAAUAAGAUCCCUGAACGACACAAACAAAAAUAUGAUUUCUCUAAAAUGUUGUGCUCAAAUGUGUUAACAUCCCUGUUUCUAAGCAUUUCUCCUUUACCAAGAUAAUCCAGCCACCUGACAGCUGUGGUAUAUCAAGAAGCUGAUUAAACAGCAUGAUCA